GUUGCAGAGGGAGGUGUUUAGUCCCAGGGUCCUUAGCUUAGUGAUGAGCUUUGAGGGCACUAUGGCGUUGAAGAAUGAGCUAUAGUCAAUGAAUAUCAUUCUCACAUAGGUGUUCUUUUUCUUAGAUCUAUAAGGGCAGUAUGACUAUUGGACAGGGUCUAGGGUUUCUAGGAUAAUGGUGUUAAUGUGAGCCAUGACCAGCCUUUCAAAGCAUUUCAUAGCUGCAGACGUAAGUGCUACGGGUCGUUAUGCAUUAAGGCAGGUUACCUUAGUGUUUUUGGGCACAGGGACUACGGUGGUCUGCUUGAAACAUGUUGGUAUUACAGACUCAGACAGGGAGAGGUUGAAAAUGUCAGUGAAGACACUUGCCAGUUGGUCAGCACAUGCUCGGUGUACACUUCUUGGUAAUCCGGCCUUGUGAAUGUUGACCUGUUUGAAGGUCUUACUCACAUCGGCUGCGGAGAGCGUGAUCACACAGUUGUCCGGAACAGCUGAUGCUCUCAUGCAUGUUUCAGUGUUACUUGCCUCGACGCAAGCAUAGAAGAAAUUUAGCUCGUCUGGUAGGCUUGUCUCACUUGGCAGCUCUCGACUAUGCUUCCCAUUGUAGUCUGUAAUAUUUUGCAAGCCCUGCCACAUCCGACGAGCGUCGGAUCUGGAGCAGUACGAUUCGAUCUUAGUCCUGUAUUGACACUUUGCCUGUUUGAUGGUUUGUCGGAGGGCAUAGCGGGAUUUCUUAUAAGCUUCUGGGUUAGAGUCCCGCUCCUUGAAAGUGGCAGUGUAACAGUAUAACUUUAAACCGUCCCCUCGCCCCGACCUCGGGCGCGAACCAGGGACCCUCUGCACACAUCAACAACGGUCGCCCACGAAGCGUCGUUACCCAUCGCUCCACAAAAGCCGCGGCCCUUAAGGGGCAACACUACUUCUAGGUUUCAGAUCAAGUGACGUAACUGAUUGAAACGCUACAAGCGCGUACCCGCUAACUAGCUAGCCAUUUCACAUCCGUUACAGCAGCGUUACACUUUAGCUCAGAGAAAAUGUUGCCUGUAAUUCAUGGCUUCUGGUUGGGGUAUGUGCUUCUGUAGGCAAGUUAACUUCUUGUCAAUAGGGGGGGGCGCUGUUUUCACUUUGGAAAAAAUCGUGCCCAAAUUAAACGGCCUCGUACUCUGUUCUAGAUCAUACAAUAAGCAUAUUAUUAUUACUAUUGGAUAGCCUGCAUGUGCUUCUGUAGGCAAGUUAUGAAGACAAACCUUCAUCUGCUUCUGUAGGCAUGUUAUUCAGAAAGUAUUCAAACACCUUUCUUUUUUCCACAUUUUGUUGUGUUACAAAUUAGGAUUCAAAUGGGUUUAGUUGUCAUUUUUGUCAACGAUCUACACAAAAUGCCCUGUAAUUUCAAAGUGGAAGAAAGAUUCUAACAUUUGUUAUAAAAAUAAAAAUAAAAGUUAUGAAAGUAAAUCUUGAUUAGAUACAGUAAGUAUUCAACUAUUCGAGUAUUCAACGCCCUGAGUCAAUACAUGUUAGAAUCAUCUCUCACAGCGAAUGCAGCUGUGAUUCGGUAUGUCUCUAAGUGCUUUGCACAAUUGGAUUGUACAAUAUUUGCACAUUAUUCUUUUUAAAAUCCUUCAAACUCUAUCAAGUUGGUUGUUGAUCAUUGCUAGACAGCCAUGUUCAAGUCUUGCCAUAGAUUUUAAAGCAGAUUUAAGUCAAAACUGUAACAAGGCAACUCAGGAAAAUGCAAUGUCGUCUUGGUAAGCAACUCCAGUGUCUAUUUGGCCUUGUGAUUUAGGUUAUCGUCCUGCUGAAAGGUGUCUCCCAGUGUCUGGUGGAAAGCAGACUGAACCAGGUCUUUCUCUAGGAUUUUGCAAGUGCCAAGCUCCAUUCCCUUUCUUUUUAUCCUGAAAAACUCCCUAGUCCUUGCCUGCAAAAUAUAAUGUAGACACCACCAUGCUUGAAAAUAUGAAGAGUGAUACUCAGUGAUGUGUUGUGUUGGAUUUGGUCCAAACAUAAUGCUUUAUAUUCAGGACAUUCAUUUAUUUUGUCACAACCUGGAGUCAGACUAGAGAUGGACACAAUCGUAUAUGUCAAUGAUAAGUAGGCAUUUACAUUGGGUGAGAGGUCAGUUAUGUGACAGGUGUGUUUUACCUGAACUCACUGGUGUUAUUGCCCAUGUAGUGGUUGAAUCCCAAUUGGCAUCCUAUUCCCUACAAUAGUCUACUAUGUCGACCAGAGCCCUGAAGAUCCUGGUCAAAACUAGUGUAAUUUGGGAAGCACCACUAUCUGUUUGUAAAUCAUCUACUUGGGCUAUAGCAGGACUUCUAUACUAUCAGGUGGACUUUGAACCCUCAAACGUUCAGUAUUGAACAGCCGAUAUGUAAGUUUGCAGUCGCCUGCAGAGCGUUGGUAGUGCUGUAUGGACUUUAUAGCACCGCGUAGACACAAUGCAUUCCAGCUCUCUCUGGGGAGACCUUUCGUUUCUAAGUCUGGUGUCAUUUCUCCUUCUCCUUCCUGCACCGUCCUGCCAUGGAGGAAAAGUUCUGGUCUUUCCUGUCGAUGGAAGCCACUGGAUCAACAUGAAGGUACUGAUCGAGGAGCUCCAUGCCAGAGGCCACGCCAUCACAGUGGUCAGACCCUCUACCAGCUGGUACAUCACAGAGGAGUCACCUCUAUACACCUCCAUCACCAUCAAGGAGAAAGAUUCCUUAUACAGCUACAUCGAAACUUUCCUACAGAAUCAACUGAAGGCACAGAGAGAGGGGGUAUCUUUGCUGAAGUUCUUCCAACUAACCAAGGAGUUCCUCAGUAUGAUAGAAGAAGCCCACACCUUGGGCUGCGAGAUGCUGUCUCGCAUGUUCGAUGACAAGGAGUUGAUGAAGAGUCUCCAGGACGCUCAGUAUGACAUGAUGCUCACCGACCCUAACAUCGCUGUAGGGCUGCUGAUGGCCCACUACCUCAAACUGCCUGUGGUCCUCAACGCCCGUUGGAUCACCAGUGGGGAGGGCCACUUUGCCAUCGCCCCCUCUCCCCUUUCAUACAUCCCGGUCCCAGGGUCUGGAUUCACUGACAAGAUGACCUUCGUCCAACGGGUCCAAAACAUGCUACACUACAGCAUCAUCGUGUAUCAGCAGAGGUUCGUAGUUGGGCCGAUUUAUGAUGCAAUUUGCUCCAAGUACUUUGAAGAGGGCUGUGACAUCAUAUCCUUGAUCCAGGAAGCUGACAUCUGGCUGAUGAGGUCCGACUUUGUGUUUGACUUCCCCCGUCCCACCAUGCCCAACGUCUUCUACAUGGGGGGGUUCCAGUGCAAGCCGGCCCAGGCCCUGCCUCCAGAGCUGGAAGAGUUUGUCCAGAGUGCCGGGGAACAUGGGGUGAUCGUCAUGUCUCUGGGGACUCUUGUCAAUGCACUUCCUGUUGAUAUCACAGACCAGAUCGCCAGUGUGUUCGCCAAGCUGCCUCAGAAGGUGAUCUGGAGGCACCGGGGCAAGAUUCCCUCUACCCUGGGCAACAACACCCUUCUGGUGGACUGGAUGCCCCAGAAAGACCUCCUGGGUCACCCCCAGACCAGAGCCUUUGUGGCCCACGGAGGAACCAACGGGAUCCAGGAGGCCAUCUACCACGGCACCCCAGUGCUGGGGAUACCCCUGUUCUUCGACCAGUAUGACAAUCUUCUGCGUCUGCAGGAGAGAGGCGCUGCGAAGAUCCUGGAGUUGGCCAUGUUCAACGGACCCAAUUUCCAGCAGGCUCUGAACCAGGUGCUCACCCACGCCCCCUACAGGGAGAACAUGCAGAGGCUGUCCCACCUGCACAGGGACCAGCCCAUCAAGCCCAUGGACAAGGCCGUCUUCUGGUUGGAGUUUGUGAUGCGACACAAGGGGGCGUCUCACCUCCGUACGUCGGCCAACAGGAUGCCCUGGUACUCUUACCACUCUGUGGACGUGCUGCUACUGCUGCUGGCUGCCGGAGGAGGAGUCUUGCUCUCUGCUGGGCUCCUGAUUAGGAUCCUCUGGAGAACCUGCCGGAAGAACAGGAACAAAACCAAACAACACUGACACCAGUAGCAGGAUGGCAUUACUGGAAACCAAGACUGUUCUCAGGGCAGACCUGUUAUAGCUAGAUAUAUUGCGUACGGGACAGUUCUACCAUUUUCCUAAACCUAAUACAAUCACAGUGCCUUCGGAAAGUAUUCACCUUGACUUGUUCAACAUGUCGAUGUGUUACAGCCUGAAUUUUAAAUUGAUUUUAAAAAAUGUUUAAGCUGAAAUGUCUUCAGUCAAUAAUUUUUCAACCACUUUGUUAUGACAAGCCUAAAUAUGUUCAUGAGUAAAAAUGUGCUUAACAAGUCACGUAAGUUGAAUGGACUCACCCACAUUUUAUGACUGCCUUAUCUAUGUAUGUUAUGAUUUGUAUGAAUGACGAAAUGAUGUAUACAUUUAACGUAGAACUAUAACUUACAGAAUUCUACCCUGUCUCUGUAUAAUGAUAAAUAAUGUUUGUCCAUAAGAAAGAAGGACUGUUAGCAGGCAAGGAACUGUGGCAGACAACUUGUGACCACUGUGGAACUGAUAACAGGGAUGGAAGUCUCCCCACGCAGGGAGGGGAGAGACCUUGGGCUUGUAGUAGAUUGUAUAACAGGUGGCAGGCAAUGUAGGAGAAGAGUUGUGAACUAUAUUGUCAUUGUCUUAGUGGAGGAGGGACAGUUAUGAUGAAAUGAGAGGUAUAUAAACCAAUGUACAUAUAAGGAUGGGCAGUGCUCUCGUAAAUAAACAUGCUGACUAUGGUG